GCAGCAUCCAGAUGAAGUCCUACCUGAUGGGGAACCCCGAGCUGAAGCUGGCAUUGAACGAGGACAUCAACAUCAAGAACCAGAAUCUCGGUGGGUACGGAGGGGGGUACGGUGCCGUGGUGCUCGACGACUGCAACUUCCACGAGUGCGUGGACCUCCAGGACUUCAGCGACCAACGCACGCUCGCAUUCUACCCGCCGGACGGCGAGUUUGCGGUGAUGAACUAUCGCAUCACUGGGGACUUCCGUGUGCCCUUCAGGAUUUUUCCCUUCGUGGAGCAGCAGACGCCCCACAAGAUAGAGAUCACCAUAAAGGUGCGAGCAGAUAUCCCUGAGCAGAACUACGGCGGGAACGUGCAGAUCUCCUGCGUGCUCCCCAAGACCACUGCCUCCGUGUCCAACGAGCUGGGCACCACCACGGGGCAGUCCGCCGAGUACAUCUCCUCGGAGCACAAGCUCGUCUGGAACAUCAAAAAGUUCGCCGGUGGCUCGGAG